AUGGAAGGCGGUUGUUCUCAUUCAGAGAAACAUUCCGUUGUUUACACCUGGGAAAUCAACGAAGUAACGUCGUUUUUUAAUGCUGCUAAAUCUACAAAAGUUUCUAAAGAGAUAAGGUCACCCACCUUUUCAUCAAGUAUGAAAGUAAAAGAUUCAUGGAAUUUACAUUUAAAAAUUGGCGAAAAUUCUGAAAAAAAAUUUGUCAUAGCACUUUUUUUGGAAUUAAGAAAUGCAGAGAAGGAAGUGAGAACAAGAUUUUCGAUUUUUAUUCUAAAUGGUAAAAAAGAAAAAAUAUAUGUUAACAAUAUCCGUGCUACUACUACUAAUGAACAAACGUUUUUCAACGAUAGAUUCUUCGUAUCACCAGCAACUUCUUUAGGUUAUGAGAAUUUCGCCGUAGUAGAUGAAAUAUUCUCGAAAAAAGAUGAAUUUUUGCCAAAUGAUACUUUAACAGUAUGUGUUGAUCUGACUGUCUAUGAUGACUAUGUUAAAGUUAAAAAUCAAGUUAAGUCAUUGGAAAAUUCUAAGCGUAAAUUAGGUGAUGACUUAAAAGAUCUUUUUAUUGCCAAGAAGAGAUGCGAUGUGAUAAUCCAUGUUGGGGAUCAAAAGUUUGAUGUUCACAAGUUUAUUUUGACUGCUCGUAGCUGCGUGUUUGAAGCUAUGUUUUCUUAUGAUAUGAAAGAAAACAAAAAGAACGAAAUCAACAUACCAGAUAUUGAUCCUGAAGUUUUCUCAAAAGUUAUUGAUUACAUUUAUACAGACAAAGUUGAUGAGUUGGAGACUUUUGCUGAAGAAUUGUUGGAAGCGUCUGACAAGUAUCAGCUCCAAGGACUCAAAGAAAUGUGUGAAGAUUUUUUAAUAACAACUUUAACUCUUGGAAAUGCUGUAAGAAUAUUGAUUUUAGCGGACCGUUACAACGCGAAACGAUUGAAGAAAGUAGCUAUCAACUAUGUGGCUGACAAUUUUGUCAAGUUUAAAAAUACGAAAGAGUUGAAAGCAUUAGAAGAGGCUCAAGAAAGUAUAGCGGGCCCAAGCCCGGUUCAACUAUGCACAACUCUGGGCCAGGCUUGUAAGCCAGAGUUGGCCCAGUCUUGGGUUAAGUCUGGAAUGAUAACACUGGCCCAAGCCUGGUUACCACGACUGGCCUAUGUCGGGUUACCAGGAUUGGGCCAUGCCUGGUUAUCAGGACUGGGCCAUAGUUAA